AUGUCGUCUAGACUGGAUUUCUACCUCCCACCGCCAGACGACCGCGCGUACCGCUGGGGGAAGAUCCAGCGGAUGCGGGAUCAAAUCACUAUGUGGCGACCGCACGCAAAGCGCCACGCAGAGCUGUCGGCUAGGGAUGGCGCUGGUGGUUCCGCUGCUGCUGCUGCUACUACUACUGCUGUGGAACUGCCUCGCUGGAGGAAGGCGGCCGUAUCGCCCAGCCGGCGCUGUUUAUCACGGCACGAGAAGCUGUUUCUGCAGUCGCUGGUGACGGAGAGCUGGCAGCAGCAGCAGCAGCAGCGGAGGGGGCGCACCGCCCCUGCUGGGCGCAUCACACUCCCGUGUGCCUCCAAGGACACCAAAACCAAACCCUCAACAGCUACUAUCACCGGCGUGACUGAGGUACCGUACUUUCACGAUCGCACUAUAUUCUGCCUACCAAAUGAAGGGCGCGAUGCUCUCGUGACUGACGACAGCAGCGGUGAUCAGGCUGAGCAGGGCGUGCGGGUCUGCUACGGCGUCACAUCGAACACAGCAGAGUUGCAGAGUCGCUCUGCGGCGCUCAGCUGUGGUGGCACGACCUGCACUGCGAAGAGUAACGCUAGCAGCCAAGCCGUGCCACCUCUUAAUCACACAGCGCCGGUGCCACCAUCGGAGGCGGCAACGAAGCAAGACCACAUGAUAGAUGCGUCAUUUGCUGUCAAAACUCAAAGUGUCGAGCUGGCGAUGUCGGUUCACGCCGAGCGCGUGCGCCGUCGUUCUUCGGUGCGGCGACCCCGCAGCGACAGUGUACGCCGCCGCACAUUCAGCCGCACGGCGGAGGUGCCCAUUGAUUGGGGGGAGUUCGGCCGCCUCUCGGCGGCUGGCGGCGGCGGCAGUGGUUGUGGCGGCAGUGGUAGCAGCAGCAACGUCACAUCGAUGUAUUCUGUUCCACAGCCGCCUGGGCACUGUGGUGCUGCCGAUGGUGCCCCCGCCGCCACAGAUGGGAUGCGAGGUCAAAACACCAUGCUCGGGGGCAAAGGGCCGAUGCGGCUCUACGCAAUUCGUAUGAAGCGCUACGUGUCCAACUCUGAAGGCUCCACGGAGAAGGCGGCGGGCGUACCGCGCAUUGGUGUGCCGGUGGAGCUCCCGGCGUCGUGGUCACACCAUUGA